AGCAGGCAAAAUUCGGAAGUGGCUGAAUAUCUAUCUAAUUCUCACAACCUUAUCCUAACUUGUUCCUUUCUCUUUUCUGUGUUUCUACUUGACUUUCUAUUUUCUACUCAAAACUCAAACACCAUGUGUGGUUCUGCUGAUCCACCUAUGUAAUCUUCAACCAUCAUCAACACCAUGGCUGCAACUGCCCCCACACCAUUUCUUCACACGCAAGUUAGGAACAAUAACAUCUUGACACUCACAAAGAUCAAUUAUGUCAGUGGAAAUGUGAAUUCUCAAUUUCAUCAUCACAUUCACUUCUCACACCUAGCACUUGUAAGAGCAACCAGGGGCCCCAAGGGGUUUGGGCCUGCCCCAAACAAAAGGAAGAAACCCAAGAAGCAGCUGAGAAAAGACAAAGAAGAAGAAGAUGAUGAUGAUGAUGAAGAAGAAGAAGAAGAAGAAGAUGAAGAAGAAGAGAGGGAGAAGGGAGUGAUUCCUGAAGUGGUGACAAACAGGAUGAUGAGCAGGAUGGCAUUCUCAGUGGGGAUACCAUUAGGUAUUGGGCUUUUGUUUUUUCCAUUCUUUUACUAUCUCAAGGUUGGGUUGAAAAUUGAUGUGCCCACUUGGGUGCCCUUCAUUGUGUCCUUCAUCUUCUAUGGGUCUGCUUUGUUGGGGGUGAGUUAUGGGAUUGUGUCCACUAGUUGGGAUCCAUUGAGGGAAGGGUCCCUUUUGGGCUGGAAUGAGGCCCAGAAGAAUUGGCCUGUUUUUUGGCAAUCCCUUCGGGGUGAAUCUCGCAAGGAAUAGCCUAUAGACUUUAGCUUAUAUAUAAUUUAUUUUUGACCAUGACAUUGGCUUGAUAAUGUAGCUUUCAUCUUAAACUAGUUUGAGCGUGUUUCUUUCUCCAUUUAUAUCAACAUAAGAAAUAAUUUUACA